AUGACACGUUUUCUUCGAACAGCGUCUGAUCUCGCGAUAUCGUCUCGUAAACAUCCGUCUUAUCAGGGUAUGAGGGGACUUGAGAGUACACAGAUACGUAGUUAUUAUAUGUUAAGGACUUGCUUACAACUGUAUAGAGCGCCAAUUCGGCCCCACAUUAAGUGGGGUUCUGUUCUCACCUUCUUACCUCUGGGUGAGAGCUCCCCAGAAUCGCGGUCCUUCAAGAAAUGUGACCAGCUCCUUCAGGGUACGGCUGCAGAAUUCGAUGCUGGGGUCCGCGGAACUAAUGUGGCUUAA